AUGUAAACAGGAAGUGCUUCUUUUCUUUGAAUCCGAGGCGCCUACUAGCUGCUAACUGCUAGCUGCUGCAAACUCACAGGUAACAGAUCUAAAGGGAUGCCAGCGUCGGAGCCGGUCCACCUGGGUCGGAAACGAGCCGUCCCCUCCUGCCCGAACCCACUGUUCCUCCUCUGGCUCACCGAGCUCCGGGACGAGGCCAAGGACAAGGGCCUGAAGACCCAGUACACCUACCAGAAGGCUAUCAGCUCUUUGAAUAAAUAUCCAUUACCACUUCAAAACGCCAAAGAGGCCAAGAUCCUCCAGAACUUUGGUGACGGCAUCUGUAAGAUUCUGGAUGACAAACUGCAGCGAUACCAGAGAGAGAACAGUCCAAACGCUCCAAUUCACUGUCUCCCUGAAGUAGCGCCCCCUGCUGGCAGACAGGACAACAACAGCCUGGCUCCCUCCACAAAGAAGAAAGCAGCAGGGGAUGAUGGGAAAGGAAGAGGAGGAGGAGGAGGGAGGAGGAAGAGGGUGUAUGUACCCCAGAAGAGGUCGGGAGGUUACGCUGUACUGUUAACCCUUUACAAACAGUCACAGAUCCCAGGCAGUAAAGGUUUUAUGUAUAAGAUGGAGCUCCAGUCAGAUGCUCAGAGUCUCUGUGAUAAGUCUUUCACUGCUCCAGAUGUAGGCAGUAAGUACACCGCCUGGUCUUCAGUGAGUACUCUGAUUCAGAAGAACUACGUGAUAAAGACCCACAACCCAGCAAGGUAUUCUCUGACAGAAGAGGGUCUGGCGUUGGCGGAGCAUCUGGAGUCAGCAGAACAGGCGACUAAAGAUGUCCCAGGGCAGGCUAGAGAGGGGGCUAGAGGUGAAGGAGAGGAGCAGGAGGAGGAGGAGGGAGGUGGUCCUGGACCUGUGGACCUCACUACUACUGAUGAUGAAGACGAAGAAGAGAAGGACGAAGACAGACUGCACUGCGUGGAGAGGCUGAUCUGUACUGGCCAGCCCAGCAGGGAGGCUGAUGGGAUGGGCUCAUCUGGAAAACCCCAGAAUUCAGAGACGAGGAGCAGAAAUCUGAAUGCAGCACGUCUUCUACCUGGCACCUAUGAAAUAAUCCUCUGUGUUGACUUCAUAGAGACGACUGGCGGCAGCAACCACCGUAAGCAGGAGCUGGUCAAAGAGCUCCAGAGGAACGGAGUCAACUUCCACGUUCGGAAGCUAAACGUUGGAGACUUCCUGUGGGUCGCUAGAGAAAAGCUUGCACCUGUUCCAGGUAGAAGCUGGCUGCUUGUUGCUCAGCUAGCUGAAUACCUGAUUGUCUCUCCAGGUGAGUUGCGAGCUCCUGCAGGCAGGGAGCUGGUCCUGGAUUACAUCAUCGAGAGGAAGAGGAUGGACGACCUGUGUGCCAGCAUCAUCGACGGACGAUUCAGGGAACAGAAGUUCCGUCUGAAGAGGUGUGGUCUUCGGCGGCCCUGUUACCUGGUGGAGGAGUGUGGAUCAGCUGCAUCCCACUUGAGUUUACCUGAGAGCACCCUGCAGCAGGCCAUCAUCAACACACAGGUGGUAGUUGAUGGCUUCUUUGUGAAGAGAGUCCAGGAUGUGAGGGAGUCUGCAGCCUACCUCACCUUCAUGACGCGACACCUGACUAAACUUUACCAGAACUGUACUCUGAGCUGUCGCUCCAGAGAGCUGGAGGGUGAUGGAGGAGGUACUGAGGAGGACAGAGGGAGCCCCUCCUGCUCUCUCAUUUCUUUUGCAGAGUUUAACCACGGAGCGAUGAAGAACAAGUGUCAGACAGUCAAAGAAGUGUUUGCCAGACAGUUGAUGCAGAUCAGUGGUUUGUCUGGAGACAAAGCAGCAGCAAUACUGGAGCAGUACAGCACACCACACAGUCUGGUCUCAGCCUAUGAAAGAUGUGAAAGUGAAGCAGAGAAGGAGAAACUUGUUUCUUCCAUCCGAUACGGGAAGCUCAAAAGAAACGUGGGUCCAGCUCUGAGCAGAACACUUUAUCAGCUCUACUGUUCUCAGGGAGUGUUAACAUAGAUAAUAAAAGUGUUUCAUUCAUUCAUGUUUUCUGCCUCCAACACUGAUGAAACUGGAGCUCUUCUUCCUCGUAAUGUGAAAACAUUCAGUCAUUGAUUUUCAGUUCCUGCUCCACUUGAAUAGAAUCAAGUUCAGGAUGGUCAUUUACAUGUUUGUGUAAAUGUGAACCUGCUGCUAUAUUUUUCUUUUUUGUAUCAUACUGGGACUUUUCACAAAUAUGUCCUAAUACACAAAUAAAAUAUUUUGAAUAAUA